UUAAACAUCAGUACGUUGUUGUUUUUAACACAGUCAACAUGGAUCGAGAGGUGAAGGGAAAAAUUGUUGCAGUAACUGGCUCAGCGCAGGGCUUAGGGCUAGCUAUGGUCAAUAGUUUUCUAGAGCAAGGAGCAAAACUAGCGAUUAUCCUAGAUUUAAAUGAACAAAAAGGAAAAGAAGCGUUGAAAACUCUGAAAGACAAAUACGGAGAUGAUAGAGUAGUUUUCUACAAAUGCAAUGUUUUAAACGAUUUGAAUGAUGUAUAUGAAAAAAUUAUAAAUAAUCACAAAUAUAUAGACAUCCUUAUAAACAACGCUGGUGUUCUGGACGAGAAGAACAUUAAGAAAACGAUGAAUAUAAAUGCAAUAGCUGUGAUGGAAUGGACGAUGAAGUUUUACGACAACAUGAGAUUAGAUAAAGGUGGUCGAGGUGGUGCCAUUAUAAAUGUGUCUUCGAUUUAUGGUUACAGGAUAACAGCUCACAUACCGUUCUACCAUGCUUCAAAGUACGCGGUGCUCGGUUUCUCGAAAUCGAUAGGACAUGAGAAUAAUUUUAAAAAAGGGGGCGUGCGUGUGAUUACUCUGUGUCCAGGACUUACACGUACAAGUAUGGCUAAUAAUCCAAAUGUGUGGGAAGACGAAACUUUAGACGUAUUCCUUGAAGACGUGAAGUCUUAUGAUUGGCAGGAACCUAAGGAUAUCGGUGAUGGUACGGUGGAAAUAUUCAGAAAAGCUGAUAGUGGCACUGCCUGGCUUGUGGAAGGGGCUAGACCGGCUGUAAGGAUAGACGCUUAAAUAUCAGUCAAUUAAGGCAGAAUAGUCAAUUAAAAUAUUUAGUCAUAUAAGUCAGUUCAUGAUUUCAUAAGAGUAUGUUUAUAUCAUACUUUUGUAAAUUGAUGAGUUUUAAACUCACUUUUUAUAAAGUUAAGUAAUAUUUUUUCUUAAUUCAUUACCUUAUUAUUAAAUCUUUAAAUGUUUG